AUGACGGAUCACAACUCUCCAUGGCAGGGUCGAGUGGUCCAAGAUUCCUCUUCUAACGCGAGUAGUCCGCUUGCGCCCGCCGGCACAGGCAGAGCAACACCCUCCUUCGAACGCAACGUGAAUCGUCAAAAGACCCAGCGUUGGGUUCAGGCCAAGCAGUAUUCAUACGACGGUGGUGACUGGGGCGACGAAGACGAUGAGGACGAGGACGAACCGUCAGCGCCGCCAGUGCCUCCUUAUCUCGCGCACAGGACCGCCAGCACACCUGAGCUGGGCUCAGGGCGUCUACCCGGAACUGGAAUCGGUAGAGACGAAGCUCGCGCCAGUCCCCUCAUUGAUGCAAGAGGGCAGCCUCUAGCCGCCGCAGAACAGAAGUCCUUGCCUUUCAUCCGGCCUGUCGACAUUUACAAGCGCAUGCGUGACGAUCGAGCGCAUUCGAGCGAGGAUGUCGGCCGCAGUCGCUCCGAGGAGCCUCCAAGUCUUGCUCAACCGAACACGAAUUUGGUUGAGACAAGCGCAAUAAGUGGCACCGAAACACAGCCCCCUCAUGAUUAUAGUGCUCCGCAGCAGGCUCGACCAGCUCCUCCCGUCACCCUGCCAGAGGUGAAAAGGAUGUCAGGAUUCGGUGCCGAUUUCCUCAAUGCAAAUGAAAUGGGCGUUUCACAGACGACCGGCACCCCCUCAGCAGACGUCUCCUUGCACCAUAAUCCCUCGCAAGCAUCACAAGAUUCUCAGUCGUCUCUGGGUUUCACAUCGGUAGUGCAUCAAGCUUUUGAUGUACCAAACACACCUGAGUCCACAACUAGCAGUGUGGUGCGAUCCAAUAGCGACGGGACAUCGCUCAUUAGCCCCAUUAUCAGUCAUCAUGCCAGUCAGAGUGAAAGAACGCCCACGAUACAUGAGGAGCCUGCGGAAUACAGCACGCCAACUCAUGAUGCUCCAGAUGGCGUGAACGACGCGCUAUUCUUCAAGCCAGGACAUCGCCGAGAUAUGAGCCUCCCUGAUCGGGCUGACAGUCCUUCCCGGCAACCUGUUAUCAAGGACACUCAGCCUCAUGUAGCCGGUCAAGCUGAGAUUUCUUCGGUUGAUGGUCAGGCACAAACAAGCGGAUCGAGUUCGGCACCUUCCUCCGCUGCUGCAGGAGAUUUUGUCGCCCCCCUCAACCUUGGAAACAAUGGCAUGACAGCUGGUGAAGGCUACCGGGGUGGAAUUCCAACUAUCGCCUCGAUCAGCUCAGAAGCUUCACCGCAAGACACCGACAAUGAUCGACUGCGAGAGGAGAUCAUGCGGUCUUUGAGUCGGGAAGGCUCUCAUGAACCAGAUGCUCAGCCCGAGUCGGCACGCGAAGGAGGUGACUUGGCAAGUCUGGGGGGUUACUGGAAUGAUACCGGACGCUCAGAUACAAACGACAUGUCAAAACAAACACCUUCACAAACAGCUCCAGAGUGGCCAAGCUCGCAAGCUCUUGCUGCCUCACAACCUUUAUCGUCCACGCCACCAAGCACUGCGGCGGAGCCAACCCAGGGGCAGCCUCCGAGGCCGAAAUUAGGGCGCCGCUUUUCGUGGGAAUCAGAAUCAUCGGAUGAAGAGCCUGCAGGACAGCCAUCCGUGCCUGACAACACACACUCCACUUCAGGUCCAGAUCUCAAAGCACCGCAACCAGAAGUUCAUGUUGACAAGGCCAAAGGGUCACCAGAGGUUGCUCACGAAGCUUCUGAAGAGGAGUCUCACACAACACUAAGGCCUCGACUUUCGAUUGUGCCGCCCAUGCCAGAAACCUUCGACUCGCCACAGGAGGUGGAUGUCUCAGCUACACCCCAGUCCUUUCAUCGACAGAUGUCCGUACCAGUCGCGUCGGCACAAAUUGACGAAAGCAAGUUGCAAGGUUUCCGUGACAUACUCAAUAAGCCAUCGCCUGCGGAUCGCGUUCGCGCUUUCAAUCAAACACGAGAGCAAUUCGCAGCUAUCGAUACGGGUCUUUCGGCCUGGCUUGAGUUCACAGUGCAAGCACAUCCUGAGCAUGCAGAUCUUGUGCAAUCCAGUCAAUCCCUCUCCACUGGAUUUUCAAGAAGCUCCCCUACCACUCGGAAAUUCCCCAAAUUGACAUCUCUGAGCAACCUUACUACUAAGGAAGACGGGUCUUCUCCCGGUUCCGGACACGUCAGGCGUCCCUCGGGUCAUAUUGGCACAAUUGUUAGUCGACAGAACGUUGAACAACGUGGUAAAGACUUUCUUCACACUGCGGGCGCGUUUAGUGGGAAGGCCGGUGAAGCCGCGAAGGGCUUCUUCGCUAAGGGUAGAAGCAAGUUUCGGCCCAGUGGAGACAAGGUAGAUACAUGA